GUGUGUGAGCAUGAGGAAGAUGUGAGUGUGUAUGAGUGUGUAAGCUAUAAGCAGGCUCUGAUUGUGUAUCCUACCUUGGCUGCAUAGCAAUACAUGCAUAAGCGUGCCAAUAUGCCAGUGCUCGCACAAGCAUAUACACACUCUCACCCACACAUGGGGAAGCGCGAGUGAGUGUCUCUGUGUGUGUGUGUGCGUGAUAUAUCAGGCACAUGGAGGAAGGCUUAGCUGAUAGAGAAGCACCUUUAAACAUGUCUGUUAAUCAACUAUCAUGGAUCAAGUCUUUAUUGGCCCAAAACUACAGAUGACUCUGAGUUAAACCUUUAAACUGACAUUGUGGAUUGAUGAUACAAAGAGUGGACCAAGACCGGGAAUCCCAUGCUGGAAGUUUGCUUUGCUACCACCAAAAAGCAGAUGGUGUUUGUCAUCGGAUGGUGUGGGGGUCUGAGUUGGGUGUCUCUCAUCCUCACUCCCUCUCUCUUUCUCUCUGUCUCUCCCACUUCUCUGGGUCAACUUUAAUUCAUGGUGAUAAAUGAUGAGACACUGCCAAUGCUAUGGGUAUGGAUGUCAUUGAUGUGUGGACAAAGACAAAAUUGGGAUAAUUCGUCCAUGAGCAUUGAAAUACUGAGUGUGGAUUUUAUGACUUGGAGGUGGUUACUAUAUCGUGAUCUUCAGUAGAUAACUAGUGUGCGGUUGGGAUCCCCUACUUACCCUCCUCCCCUUCAUCAUUGUCAUCACCAACAUCAUCUCCUGUAUUUGCCAUCCACUUCUUUCAUCUUUGUCUGGAAUCAUGGAUACCUGAUAUUUUCUUAAUAUCAUUCGCAUGUGCCUGAGGAUGACAAUUCACCAAAAUCUAUUAUGCGUUAUAUCAAAACAAUAUCAUCAAUUACCAAGGCAAGGCUUGAUUGGCUGAAACAUAAGUGAGCCUAGCAAGUUAUUGAAGAAGAAUAUUUGUUUAUGAUAUUAUAAUGAGUGGAGAUAGAAGUCAUAUUCUGAGCAAGAUGGUACGAUCUGCCAUAGUUUGAAGUCAAAUGUGUUGAAAUAAGCAGAAGCCCCAGCUGAACAAUGUUUGUUUUAAAUUAUCAAUUAUUCGCAGCAUUCCAUCACAGUGUGCAAUUAAAAUAAUCUAUACUUUGGACAUGAGCUAUACUUGGGGAAUAUACCAGACCAACAGACAGAGACAUCUUUCAUGUCCUUGCAGGAGUAUAGAUCUAUGCAGGAUUGUAUAUGAACCUUGAUAACUCUAUCUAGACUGUUGGACCCGACUUGGUUCUACAAAUUAAUCUCUGAAGACUCAAUAUACAGGCUGAAAUAACAAUGUCUAAGGACGAUAGCAGUUUACCCAUAGGGGGGAGUGCAGGAGGUGGUAGGCGAGAUCGUAUGAGGAGAUCUUUCCGUCGGUUUAUGGGCAAAAAAGAACUUGAGGGAGGUAGCGGAGGAGGACUGGGACCAAUCAACAACAAUGACUUACAAGGACCGAAAAGAAAGGGCAGUAUAAAGAAGUGGCUUACGAGUCCGAUCCGAAAACCCAGUGGGAAGGGUGCAGAAAGAAUAGAGACACCUAACAGAACAGCAAAUAGUGGCUCAGGAAGGGGUAGGAGACAAGAUCAAAGAGGACAGGAGCCAUUCAUUGAAGAAGCUAGUCAAGAAGGAGUAGAAAGGGAAGAGCUUGCUGGAAUCGAUAACGUAGUUCAUGAGGCUUGUGGAGAGACCAUCGACCUGAAGCCGACUGUCCGCGUGACAGACCUCCCCAUUGACGAAGAAGAGGGGGAGGCAGAGGCAGUGCCCCUUCCCCCACCCAUGGAGCUCCAGAAUCAUUCUUCCCUGAUUGGACCCCCCUCAGGUGCUGCCCAUGACAAGAGAGAGUCCCUUCUAUCCACUCUUGAGCCAGUUGCAAAUAUCACUGGCUCGGGCAGAGAGUUGGCCUCUGAAGGAGAUAACAAAACACCACAAAAAAUGGAUAGUGAAAAGGAAACGGAAAAGGGUGGUGAAGAAUGUGCUGAUGGGAAGACAGAUGAGGAAGGUGUAACCAUGACAACGGGCCAACCGGCUACCAUCAAAGAAGAGGAUGAGAAUGAGGUGGAGAAGCCAGAGAAUCAAGAAGGAGAAGGUGCAGAAGAAGAGACGCCGGCAGAACCCGAGCCAGAGCCAGAACCAGAACCGGUCUGUGAGCUUACCGAUGAAGAGAAGGCAGCAAAGAAGAGAGAGGAAGCUAAACACAAACUAUCAUUUGUUCUUGAAGAGAUGGUUGUCACAGAGGGAGACUAUGUUGCAGAUCUGGCUAAAGUAGUAGAUGGCUAUCGAGAAGAGAUGAAGAAAGAUGAAACGGAAUUGCCAUCAAUGGAGCUUGGAAAAGUAAAGAUUAUCUUUGGAAACAUUCAUCAGAUCUAUGAAUGGCAUAGAGACACAUUCUCCAAGGAGAUAGCCAAGGUCAAAGAGGAACCAGAGAAACUAGGCCCACUCUUCAAAAGAUAUGAGCGGAGAUUACGUAUGUAUGUGGUAUACUGUCAGAACAAACCCAAAUCUGAGUACAUCGUCAACGAGUUUGAAACAUUCUUUGAGGAGUUAAGAGUAAAACUUGGUCACAAAUUGGCCCUCCCUGAUCUACUAAUCAAACCUGUCCAGAGGAUCAUGAAAUACCAGUUACUACUAAAGGACAUCUUAAAACAGUCACAGCGAGCUGGCAUGGAUACUACAGAGCUUGAACAAGCUGUAAACAUCAUGAAAGUCGUCCCAAAGAAAGCUAAUGACAUGAUGGCUAUAAGCAGACUGCAAGGAUGGGAUGGAAAGAUCAAUGCACAAGGGGAGCUGCUUCUACAAGAUACACUCUCAGUGGCAAUAGCAGAUGAAGGAACCCAGAAAUAUAAAGAACGACGGGUGUUCAUGUUUGAACAGAUCAUCAUCUUUGCUGACCAACUAGAGAAAAAGAAGGGAUUCAGUAAUCCAGGUUAUAUCUUCAAACAUAGUAUCAAGGUGAACCAGCUAGUGUUGGACGAUGAGGACGACCCUAUCAAGUUUACACUAAGAGCCAAGGCCAAGGAUGGUCUAGUGCUCAACUGCCAGGCAACUACCCCAGAGAGCAAGAUCAACUGGGUCAAAGAGAUCAGCCAAGUUGUUAAUCAGCAGCAAAACCUCCUCAAAGCCCUGCAAUCACCAAUUGCUUACCAGAAAGGACUAGAGGGAGGACAAAGUUUAGGAUUGGAUCCUUUUGGAGCCCCAGAGGGCAAAUCUCCUGGUCCAUCCCCUGCACCGUCCCCUACCUCGCCAAGUGCGGACAAAUCCACCAAACUGCGCAAGGCUGUAUCUCAAAGCAGUGAAGCCCCAACGCAGCUCCAAAAACAACAUAACCUCUUCAGCAGCCUCAAGAGCCGCAAGAACCAGACUGCUCCAGCAGCUAUAUCUCUUAACGAACUCAGAGAGACCAAGAACAAUGCCAAGAAAAAUGACGCAAAGUCUGGUACGCCCACCCAUGAUGAAAAAGCAGAAAAAGGGAAGGACGAUAAGAAGGACAACCAGGCAGGGUCGCCAUCUAUCCGGAGGAAAUUUUUUGAUGGAUUGUUUCAUUCAUUUCGUCCAAGCAAGUCAAGGGACACGAGCCCGAUGGGAAGCAAGGAGAGUUUGCAGAAGGGCAAAGAGCACAAAGAAGUACCCAGCACUCCUAAAGAGACUGUGGAGAAAGGAAACAAGUCAGUACCGGUGUCAAGUCAUUUGGAUUUAGUGACGACUAACAAUUCGACGACGGAGAACGCUUCGGCGGAAAGUCCGAAGACUAACGCAGCUAAUAAGAGUCCGCUAAUGCGGACGCAAAGUGCAAAUAUUGGAACUGCUGUUAUCAGCAACGAGAAGAUGUCACCAGGGUCAGUUUCAGCCGGCAAUGGUAGUGGGGUCACAAUCGAUAACAAAGCCAAAGGGAGUCCAUUACAUGUGAUAAGCUCCUCCAGCCCGUCUAAAGACAGUGGCGUUUCCGUACGCUCAAAACGUGCAUCCACAGGUUCGCUACAGAAAGAUAGCGAAAUGAAUGGAAAGGACAGUACAGAAUCACCGUCCAGUCAGAAGAAAGAAGGUCAAACCUCAUCUCCUGCGCGUUCGCAAAUUCCUCAUGGGGUUAUAAACCGAGAUCAGGCAGGCUCACCCUUCAAUCGAUCAAGCUAUACAUCAGUUUCCAGUUCAGAACCCGACGAUGGAACGUUUAGCGAUCACUGCAUGGCUCCCAUUGUAGAGGACUACUCAGCAGAGAAGGAGGAUGAGAUCUGUGUUUCCAAGGGUGAGGUUGUUCAGAUCUUGGCAGCCAACCAGCACAACAUGUUCCUGGUGUAUCGAGCAGCGGACAAGCAAUCCCCCGCAAUGGAAGGAUGGAUACCAGGCGAGGUCCUCAACUUCUCCGGCCCCACCCAACACCAGAGCAGGGGAGGGGAUUCACCCUCCCCUGGAGCCGUCGCUGCGACGACAGCCAAGGACAGCCCCAGCAAGAAAUCAUGGCAGGGAUCUCUUCGACUGAAAGGUAAAAUGGGCAAGUCACCGGGAAGCAAGAAGGAGAGUAAGAUACCCCGCCCUAGACGACGAGCAUCAGGGAGGGGUAUUGAAGAUGGAGAGUUGAAGAAACCAGGCUCUAAAGGUCAUGGAAAGCCUGUAAAUGCUUCACUGUAUCAACCUGCUGCUCCUGCCUUCACGCUACCCUUGAUAAACCAAUCCAGUCACUUGGGCACCACCGCCACGCUGUCCUGCCAGGUGUGUGGUCGGCCACGCCCCAUCAUUACCUGGAGGGACCCACAGGGUGACAUCAUUACCCCUUCUACCAGGACCAACGUCUGGGAGAGGGACGAUGGUAUGGUGUUUUUAGAGAUCCGGGGGAGCUGUAAGACGGAUAACGGUGUCUAUACGUGUACAGCGAGUAACGAUGCAGGUUCUACGGAAUGUAAAGCUCUUCUCAGGAUAAUCUAUCGCCCAGGCCCACCAGGCAUUCCCAUUAUAUGUGAAAGGAGACCACACUCUGUGAUAUUGCAAUGGGAACCCUCACAUAACACAGGCAAUGCAGAAAGUGUUACAUACAACGUUGACUAUGCACAAAUCACCCACAGUACCCUUCACUGGCAGACCUCCUGUGCUAACAUCGCUCACACUACUCAUAAAGUGGACGGGCUGUCGGCAGGGGGAUCCUACAAGUUUAGGAUCACAGCUCAGAAUGAUGUUGGAUGCAGUGAUAAGGGCGAGACCACACCUGCCAUCACUCUCCCAGAUGAUACUGCCCUUGCAAGGAGAGAAAGCAACCUGUAUUGGCAACACACAUGGAGUACAGAUUUCAACAUUACAAGAGAGUUGGGAAGGGGAAGGUUCUCAUCCACACAUGCCUGCACCCGGUCUCAACAACAUAAGGCACUAGCAGCAAAGUUCAUCAGCAAGCGAUUGAUGGAUCUUGAGCAGGUUCAGCAUGAAGCAUCCAUGAUGCAGCCCCUUCAGCACCCGUUAAUCUGUUCAUUACAUGCUACCUAUGAGACUCAUGGGCAGUACAUCUUGGUUUUAGAUCUAAUUCCUGAUGGUAAAAUUUUGGAGUACCUGGUGAGCCUGUCUCAGGUGACCGAGAGACAGAUCAUUGGCUUCAUUAGACAGCUGGUACAGGCAGUAAACUAUCUACACUCAAAUGGAAUAGUCCAUCUCGAUAUUAAGCCUGAGAAUGUUCUGAUUGAGGUAGCAUUGGGCCGAGCUCAGAUAAAGCUGAUUGACUUUGGUGAUGCAAUGGAUCUUUGGUCUUCCCCACCGCCUUUCUACCAUGAACUCAAUGCUAACCCAGAAUUCUGUGCACCGGAGCUCCUCAGCGGAAAUGAAAUUGAUUAUGGCACAGAUGUAUGGAGUAUUGGAGCUCUUUCCUAUGUCAUGUUGAGUGGCAUCUCCCCGUUUCUUGAUGAAAGUUUGGAGGAGACCAAUAUGAACAUUAUCCGAGUUGACUACAGCUUUCCGGACGAGUACUUUAAGAAUGUCAGCCAGAACGCCAAGCAUUUCAUCACGGGACUGCUCCAACCAGAAACUAGUGAAAGGAAGACCACAUCAGAAUGUUUGAUGAACCAUUGGUUUGCUCAGACGUACUCUUCCCAAGACGACCCCACCCUCAUGCACAAAACCAGGCUAGAAGAUUUCAUACACAGAAGAAAAACACAGCACAACUUUGUAUCGGUGAAAGUAAACAGGAGAUAACACAGACAUCCACCUCUGCUUUUGUUGAUUGCAAAUUAGAACUUUACUCUCUCAAACCAAGCUGCAAUAUCAACCCACCUGGUAAUUGGACUUGUCGCCAUCUGUAAGCAGCUGGUUCCUCUCCAAAGCCCAUGGGAAUAAUAGAAUUCAGUAAUCUACGCGAUUCUCUGAUGAUGAUGAUGAUGCAUUCUGGGACUAGUUUGUAUUCUCCCUUCCAAUUGCUCUGGAGAGCAUUCUUUCAUGUGGAAUACUGCUCUUUGACAAACAUCAAGCCACAAGGAAUGUGAACAGAUUUGUUUUCAAAACGACAGAUAAUGGACUUUGUGAAGGAUAGCUGUGAUGAUGAUGUUGCAUUCUUGGACUAGGAGUGAGUAUCCACUCUUCCAGUUGCUCUGGAGAGCAUUCUUUCGUGUGGAAUACUGCUCUUUGACGAACAUCAAGCCACUACGAAUGUGAAUAGAUUUGCUUUCAAAACAACAGAUAUUGGUCUUUGUGAAGGAUAGCUCAUUCAAUAUAGGAGUGGGUUUUGUCACCUCACGAACUGGCUUCAAGACCAUGUGGAUUGUCUUGUGCACUUUGACAAGGGAUUUAAUCAUCUAAAAUAACCAGGCUCCUCGGAAAGGAUGCAGAGGUUUCUAAGUCCUGGUAUGCUUAGUCACGCUAAUGAAACCAAUUUAUUUGAGUCGUGGUACACAGUGAAUUAUGAACUUAUACAGUAGUUAAUACUUUUGUCUGUGCUAUGCUGCAAUAUUAUUGUUAGUUUGGAAAAAAAUAGCAAGAUUCCCUUGAAGUUCUUCUCUCUGCCAUUAUCUGUAUUUUUUAAUAUUGCAUGAUUGUGUAAGUUGCAGUUUAGCCUGAAUAUCAAACUUGAUAAAAACUAUUAGAGUGAUUUGUAUUAUAGGAAUUCAAGAUACUUGAAAUUGUCUUAUAACAACAGAAAAGAUAGUAUGCACACCAAUUUAUUUUGAGGUAGUUAUUAUCGUUAUCCAUAUCCAUCAUGAUUACCAAAGAAUUUUUAUUUAUAUAUCUUCUGUAUCCAAUAAAUGUAAUUAUUUUGUACUUUUUGAAUUAAGUUAUGAAUGCAAAGCACAUCCACCUAUUCUUAAGAGAGAAGUUGGCCAUGUUUUCAGUGGUUCUCCCAUCAUUCCACGUGGAAAAACGGGCCACAUUAAAUGAUUAUACUGCAUAUUUUAUUGCUGGCUGGUCGUGCAUUGUUUGGCACCUUCCCAGCAAGAAUCCUCUCGUUCCUAUUUCUUUUAUGAUGAAAUGGGAUGAUUGAAGUUAAAGGUUGGCAUCCUACUAAGAGAGUCGCCGACUUCAGUUAUGGUGUCUUACAAGUAAUGUUCUAAUGAAAAAAUCGUCAGAAAGGGAUUGAAUGUUAUGGUAACCAUUGUUCCAAUGCUUCAUGCAAUGAUUUUUAUCAAUUGAUAAAUUUAUCAGAAUAAUUCAAAGUAUAAACAAAACCACGAGUAAGCUUGAAAUUUACCAGUAUUCUUUAUUGCAUUAUACAUGUAUACACUGCUUGUACAAGUGUAAUAUAUGAAAUUGAAACCUUGUCAGUAAUAGAUGUUUCUUAAAGCUUUUACUCCAUUUUUGGGAAACUAAAUACUGCCAGUUUCAUGGAAACAUUUGCACCAAAAACAUAUGUACAAGGACUUUCAAAAGUGGUAAUAAGGUACACUUUCACACAGAAAUAUUUUAGUUUAUUGCUAGAAAUGAUAUUGUGCUGUUUACGAUGUUGUAAUCCCAGAUUGUAAGGAUAUCUUCUACGAUAUUCAUUAUUUUGUUUGUAUUUUAUGUCCAAUCAUGAAGCAUCACAUUUUCUACAUAAAUUAUGCUCAGGUUUUCUCUGUUUCUUUUUGUAUUUACUUUUUGUUGAUAACAGUUCAUGUAUGUGCCAUGUACAUGUUAUUAAUAUUAAGUGAAUGUGUACAUGUUGACCCUAACAGUAUGCAAAUACAGGGCCUCUAAUACCAUUAUAUUGCAAUAUUUUUGUACAAUUGUGUAAUAUUGUCAAUGUUGUCCUAUGUGCGUACCAAUAAACAAGGGUUCUAUUUCAUGCCGAUAGGGCCUCAAUUCAAUGUACUAAACCAUUUCAAGAUUGUCUAUUUUUAUAUAGGAAUAAGAUGUAGCAUUGCAUGAUUGAAUGACAUUAUAAUGAACUCUUAGAAUAUGCAGUUAAAAUACAAAAAUGUCUAUUUCUUCAUUUCAAGAUGAGAAUGGAGUCUGUCACCCCUUUCCUGUUUGUUAACUUAUUGAUUAAAUAUACAGUGCAUAAAAAUAUAUUAAUUUGCCAUUAAUUAACAUUUUGUUGGUAACUUUAUUUGCUUAUCUUCGCAGUGCUGUACACAUGCCCCCCCCCCCCCCAUAUGCUCAUGGGUAGCUCCAAUUAAAUAGAAUUUUAUAUUUGUGGGGGGGGUGGGGUGGUGACAAAGACACAAUAUACUCAUGAUUUAUUUAGACAGGGUAUAUAAUAUAUCUUCAUAUAAUUUCCUGGUAGAACUAAACAACUUUGGAAAUGAAAACUGCAUGUAUGCUUGUUAUGCAUCAACACUUUAACUUGCCUUAAUUAAGAGUUCAAAUCAAACUUGAUAUUACAGUUGUCUUGUAACUUACAUCAGUUAUUUUUUUACUAUACAAAUGGACUAGUUGAUAAUAAGCUUGUUUUGUUAAUGUUUGUAUAUGAGAUUGUAUAUUUCCUGUAGAUGAAGAAUCCCAACAAUGAAUAAUUGAAAUAUACUAUGAAAUA